GCGCAGCGCGCGCUCUCGCGAGCUGACCCGGAGAGAGUGGAGCUGCCAGAUGUGAUUGCCAUUUGAAGCUGAACAUGGCAGAAGAAGAGGACUACAUGUCUGAUUCCUUCAUUAAUGUCCAAGAAGAUAUCAGACCAGGAUUGCCAAUGCUGAGGCAAAUCCGAGAAGCCCGUCGAAAAGAAGAAAAGCAACUGGAGGCUAAUUUGAAAAAUAGGCAGAAGAGUUUAAAAGAAGAAGAAGAAGAAAGACGCGACAUUGGGUUGAAGAAUGCACUAGGCUAUGAAAACAAAGGGUUUGCUUUGCUCCAGAAGAUGGGUUAUAAAAGUGGUCAGGCUCUUGGCAAGAGUGGAGAUGGCAUUGUUGAACCGAUUCCUCUCAAUGUCAAAACCGGGAAAAGUGGCAUUGGUCAUGAAGCCUUAUUAAAACGGAAAGCAGAGGAAAAAUUAGAAGGCUACAGAAGAAAGAUUCAUAUGAAAAACCAAGCCGAAGAAAAAGCUACAGAACAAUUUCGAAUGAGACUUAAGACUAAGCAAGAUGAAAUGAAGCUAGAAGGAGAUCUUAAGAGAAGCCAGCGAGCCUGUCAACAAUUGGAUACCCAUAAGAAUGUUCAGGUUCCCAGAGAGGCAUGGUACUGGUUGAGGCCUGAACAAGAGAAUGAAGAAGAGGAAGAGUCAGAAGAAAAAGAACACGAUGAAGAUGAAUAUGAGAGUGAAGAUUUAAGUGUACUAGAAAAAUUACAAAUAUUGACCAGUUAUUUAAGGGAAGAACAUCUGUAUUGUAUUUGGUGUGGAACAGCCUAUGAAGAUAAAGAAGAUUUAACUUCAAAUUGCCCAGGACCAACUUCUGCAGCUCACGACUAAAAAUAUUCUCAAUAAAGUAGAACCUAGAAAAAUGCCAAUGUUUCCUAGAGAUAGACAACUGAGUAAUUAGAAUUCCCUAAUUUUUUGAUGCCAGUAAAGAAAGAGGGCCUUUUAAUAUAAUUAUAAUGUUUUGUUUUUGUAUUUUAGAAGGAUAUAAUUGUUCACUGACUUGAAAAAUUAAUAGGAUGCUAUUUCAGAAUGUAAGUAGCAUGGCCGUAGUCAUUUACAAUUUAUAGCUGCAUUGUGAGGCUUGUGAGAUUUAAGGGCACCAACAGCUUAACUCCCUUCUUCCCCACUUCACUUUGGAACAAACUGAAAGAUAAGACAGAGGAGUCAGAGAGAGAUCGAAAUAUCAGUUUUAUCAGUGAUGAAGCUGAAAUAGAGAGCAAGGUUGACUUGUUCUCCAAUUAGACUCCUAAUAUUUCUCCUUGAUUGGGGGGGCCCACCUUUGCAUCAUGAGACUAGGAAGUUCCCAAGAUUAGAGAAUCCACACAUGCUCAGUUUCUUUUCCCAAUAUCAUUAAUCACAUAAGACACCUCUCUGUUGGGAAGAAAUGAAUGAGGGUCCAGAGAACUUCUUCCGAUACUUCUCUCUCCCAAGAAGUCCCCUUUCCCCUAAUGAGAAGUAGGGGGAAAGUAUUCCCCUCAAAAACACUGAUAACAGAGGUACUGUUGCAUUAACACUGUUAGAUUCUAACUUGUUUUAGAGGCAGAGUAAUUUUCAUGUUUUUGAUUAAAUUGUGAGUUUUCAUGGAAA